UGAUAAACUAAGUAAUCUAAAAUAAAUUCAAACUUUUAACAAACUAACAAAGAAGCCUCAAAGUGACAUUGUUAAACAACUUGAAGGUCCAAAAAGUAAACUUUUAUCCACAAACAACAGCAACCAGAAGCUUUUUCCCCCGCUCAUUUUCUAACCACCAUUUUCUGCCACAGACACACAAUGCUAGUCCGCCCAAUCAGCAGCAGCAACACUAUCUCACCCAUCUACUCAAAAACAUCCAACAACAACAUUAAACUAACAAUUCCACCAUUAAAUGUCUUACGUAAAUGUAACAAAACAAGAAGAUGGGUGUGUGCAAAUGCUAUAAAUAGUAAUAAUAAUAAUAAUGGGAGUAGUAGUAGUAGUAGUAGUGUUGUAAGUGCCGAAGAAGUUGUGUUAUAUGAAGAAGGUGGUAAGAAAAGAAAAGUUAACUGUGAAGUCGAAGUUGUUUCGUGGCGAGAACGUCGGGUUAAGGCUGAAGUCCAAGUCAAUGCAGACGUUGAUUCGGUUUGGAAGGCGUUAACCGAUUACGAAAGGCUUGCUGAUUUCAUUCCUAAUCUUAUCUUUAGCGCGAUAAUUCCCUGCGCUCAACCUGGACGAAUAUGGUUGGAGCAGAGAGGGUUGCAAAGGGCAUUAUAUUGGCAUAUUGAGGCCCGUGUUGUUUUAGAUUUACAAGAACUUCCAAACUCAGCUAAUGGUCGUGAACUCCACUUCUCUAUGGUUGAUGGUGAUUUUAAGAAAUUCGAAGGGAAAUGGUCUGUCAAAUCUGAUAACAGGUCUUCAACUGCAAUUCUGUCAUAUGAAGUUAAUGUGAUACCAAACUUCAACAUUCCUGCGAUCUUUAUGGAGAGGAUUAUUCGAUCUGACCUCCCUGUGAAUCUUCAAGCCAUAGCACGUAGAUCCGAGAGAAGUUUUGAAGGAAAAGAGAAUACCGUUAUAGAAGUUCAAUCGGCUACAGAAUCUGUAGCUUCAACCAUCAAAGAUGUUGAUGCUAGCAUCGAGAAGAAUAUCCCUACUGUAGCUCCCAAAACUACUGCAGAAGUAAAUAACAAUUGGGGAGUGUUUGGCAAAACAUGUGACAUUGAUAGCCCUUGCAAGGUGGAUGAAAUUCAUCUUCGAAGAUUUGACGGCCUACUGGAAAAUGGAGGUGUUCACCGAUGUGUUGUUGCAAGCAUAACUGUGAAAGCUCCUGUUCGUGAAGUUUGGAAUGUUUUGACUUCUUAUGAGACCCUUCCUGAGAUAGUUCCAAAUUUGGCUAUUAGCAAGGUUAUAGCACGAGAAAACAACAAAGUUAGGAUCCUUCAGGAAGGAUGCAAGGGAUUACUGUACAUGGUACUUCAUGCACGUGUUGUCCUAGAUCUGUGUGAACAUCUUGAGCAAGAGAUAACCUUUGAGCAGGUUGAAGGUGAUUUCGAUUCAUUCAAGGGGAGAUGGCUACUUGAACAACUUGGCAAUCACCACACUUUAUUGAAAUAUAGCGUCGAGUCAAAAAUGCACCAAGGAUCUUUGCUUUCAGAGGCCAUUAUGGAAGAGGUGAUCUAUGAAGAUCUCCCGUCAAACUUGUGUGCAAUUCGUGAUUAUAUUGAGAAAAAAGGAGCAGAAAACUCUGCUGAAGUAUGUAAUGAUACAUUACAAACAGGAGAUUAUACUAAAGCCAAUGGAGUGCAUACUAGCCAUGUUGGAAUUCACGAUUCACCAAUACAUCCAUCAAAAGGAAAUGAUGAAAAUGUGUCAAGAAGAAGACACCGGGUUGCUGGGUUACACAAGGAUAUUGAAAUACUUAAAACUGAGCUACUGAAGUUCAUUUCAGAACAUGGACAAGAAGGGUUUAUGCCGAUGAGAAGUCAAUUGAGAAAGCAUGGAAGAUUUGAUAUGGAAAAAGCGAUAUCACGGAGAGGAGGAUUCCGAAAGAUUGCUUCAUUGAUGAACCUUUCUCUUGCUUACAAAGACCCCAAACCAAAAGGUUACUGGGAUCAGCUUGAGAAUUUAAAAGAAGAGAUUAGUCGAUUCCAGAAGAGUUGGGGGAUGGAUCCAGCCUUCAUGCCCAGUAGAAAAUCGUUUGAGCGUGGAGGUCGUUAUGAUAUAGCACGAGCUUUGGAGAAAUGGGGCGGUCUACAUGAAGUUUCACGUCUUCUCUCACUUAAGGUUAGGCAUCCUAACAGAAUGAGAACUAAUGUGAACGAUGGAGAGAAAGCACAGCCGUCUAAACAAGAUGUUUCACAAGACACAGAGAAGUGGAUGGUGAAACUGAAAGAUUUGGAUAUAAAUUGGGUAGAAUAACAAAAAUGUAUAUUAUAUCAUUAACUUUCUUAGUUUCUAGUUCAGUUUUUCAAUCUGAUAAAUAGAUGAGUAGCUAUCAUAUGGAUUUGUAUAUAAAUAGUAGUAUAAAAAUUGUAUGUUGUACCAAAGCAAGAGAUGAUAGAGUAAUUUAUUUAUCCUUUGGCCAGA